GUCAAUUGUCACGAGAUGGACACUUCACAGACGUACUUGGCGGUUUUUGUGGUCUUUCUGAACAUGAACUUCAAGGUAAAACUUAGAGUGAAAUCACUUGUUUUGCUGUUAAUUGAAGAGCCUUCAAUUGGUCAUUUUGAUAUUUCAUCCCCCUUUUUUUUUUUAAUCUAUCUUUUACUGCUAAUUUAAAAGCUGUAAGCCCUGGGGCUGUAAGGUAGUGCAAAAUGAUGGGUGAAAACGUUGCCCAAGAAACCAAGCAAUUUCAGUUGUGGCUAAACCAAAUGCUCACACGAAAAGAUUUGUCUUGGGUUAUAGGCGAAUUGUCACCUUCUUUCGCAAAAAGUGUGACCCUUCUAGCCAACGCAAAGUGAAAUAUCUCAUGUAAACGGUCGACAUAAAUUUACAAAGAAAUUAGGCAAAAGUUUGUUUUCCCAGGGCCUCGGGAAGAGGAUAUCCCUGUACCAGAAACAACGCAGCAGAAAAACCGUUUUUGGCCUAGCUUUUGUUAUAAGGACAUCUAUCCGUUUUACGCUCAUGAUUUUCUGUUUUGGGGCCAAAGAACAAAAUAUCAAAUGCGACCAAUUUAGAAAUCAAUUAGAAAUAUAACACCUUGUACUUUGGGAGAGGGGACAAUUUGAUCAGCAGGAAAACUGACAUUUCUGUGAAUAUCUUCAAGUAGCUUUACUCUGGUGCGACAAAUUGAAGGUUUUUCACAAGUUUGGAGCAACAGUGAAACAAAUGAAGCGCUCAUUGAGGGUCUGGAUGGAGGGGGGGGGUACAAAUCUCAGUUGUCAGUUAAAAUUUUGGCCAUUUGUCAGUAGUCAGUUAAAUUUAAGGCCAUUUGUCAGUUGUCAGUUAAUUAGCUGUUAAUAAUUAAUUAAGUAAUUUAGUUAUUUCUUUUUUAUCCAAAAUUUAGCUCAAAAGGCACUUUAAAUGUAAAUUGUAUCACUAAUUCGAAAAUUGCUACACUAAUAACCUUUUUUUUUCAAAUUUGGAGUUGAAUUUAUUACAAGCGGCUUUCUAUCGUUACUCUCCUGCUUGCCCGAGCAUAACGUUCCUCUCUAACCCUUAGACCCUUAGCUCAUCAAAAUUCACCUUGAAAAUAUUUGAAGUAUGUCGUGAGAAAGACAAACAAAUAUCGGAAGAGUUCUUUCUUUUUUAGUUCGUUUGAUUUGAUUGGGUAUUGUUUGUCAAUGGCUCAAUUGUGAUUGGCUGGGAUGAAGUGAUCAGGGAAUAUUGCACUCGCCCAAACAGGCGCGUUUGGAAGAGAGUGACAAACAAAAUAUGUUUUCUUCUCUUUUGAAUAUCCGAGUAGACGCAGCGAGAAAGUAAAUUGUCAUUUCGCAAACUACAGAUUUUCGGCAAACUACAGAUUUUCAUUUCGUAAACUACAGAUUCUCAUUUCGCAAACUACAGAUUUUCAUUUCGCAAACUACAGAUUCUCAUUUCGUUUCGUUUCGUUUCGUUUCGUUCCAUUUCGUUUCGCAAACUACAGUAAGCCGCACCGCACACGCACACGCGGUGGUUCGCACCGCUGCCGCAAAGCUACAAAAUGUAGUCAUACAUUAGGCCACCGUAAUUAAAACACAAAUAAUUUCAAGAAAAAUAAAUGUUACAUAGUGCAUUACGUGAAAACAAGAGCGAAACUAUUCUGAAAGCGUAGCAGGACCCAGAAGGUUUUCCGGACUAACUUGCAUGCUUAUAUUUACACCACUACAUAAAACAAAUACACAAGCACUAAGAAUACAUACUGUUCAUUUCGCUUCCUGAGUCAUCCAGCAUACUUGGAAGCUCCAGCUUCCACUGGUCGUCCGUUGUGAUGGCGAAGUUAUCACUUUUCCCGCCCGGUUUCGGUCCCGGGUUUCGGUGCCAUCCGAUAAAGCUUUAAAUCGAAAUCUCCAAGGCCGUAUUUAAUUGUUAGAAUUGAAUAAGGUGCUUUUUGAGAGCAUGUACUGUAUUUAAGUCAUUUAUCGGAAUACGGCUUCUCUGUCUUUCGAAUGCCGUAUCCGAAUUAACGCGGUAAAAGCUUACAAUCGCUUUAACAACGCCAGCAUUGGCAGCCAUCGAGUCUAUCUUUUUGUCGAGGGUCGAGGGUCGAGGGUUCCAUGUCGAGGGCGAGGGUGCCAUGUGGAGGGUCGAGGGUAACAUUUUUUUUUUGGAAUAGAGAAAAGCUCCGGGACAUCCAUAAAGAAAAUGUGAUGUUGUUGUUGUUGUUUAAUUAAAAUAGUACGUGGACAUUCGAAUUCCCUUAAAAGUAAAGAACCUUCUCCCUUCCUGUGAAGGUAGACAGGUUGUGCCUAAAAAAAAUGUCAUAGAGCUUAGGCAGGGGCACCGAACGACUGUCUUCUGUAAAACACCUAUUCGGCGAAGCAAAAAUUGCCUACAAUUUUCUGUUACUUGAGGAAGGCUAAAAAAUUUCUAGAUGGCCGUUCCAUUCAUGUACAGUUUUCGUAGCUUAUCUAAUUAAUUCUUUACGAUUUUCUAAAGUUUAGUUUUUCACAUUUCAGCCCCCAACUUAGCCUAUUUUUGGUUGGAAAAGCAAAUCUAAAAUUUUCGGAUUAGAAAAUGCGAUGGAGAGAGGAAUCAGAAAAAUCUCACUUUUCGUAAAACCUAAAAUUGCAUCUAAAAUUUUCGGGAAAACAAUACUGAGGCCCUAAGUGAUUUCGAAAAGAUUCAAAGGACGACCGAACAGAUACAACUUUUAUAGCGCCGCUUAGAAUGCAUUUCUAGAGAUUUGAAAGUACUCUGGAAAAGCGAAAAAGUGUUUUCAAUGCAUUUAGGAGGUAACCGUGGUUGCGUGCCCCUGCUUCGCGGCUUAUAUUUCAGUCACGUCUGCCUCUUCUCUGCCUUGCUUGGCUGUUCAGUGGGGUAGUUUGAAUAUGGAUAUUUCACCGAUUCUUGUUUUUUAAGCUAUCCCACUGUAUGCGACCGAAUUGUCGUGCGUUCAAUGAAGUAGAAACUCGCCAUGAAAUUUUAAAAUACAAGUCAUCGAUAAUCACCGACACCGGAAAUCGUGACCCAGGUACGUAGGUGCGUAGCUAGAGUGAUAAUGCUAUCGCCCGAGUCGCGCCGCAAUAAUAAACUCCUUUAAUUACCAACGUUAUGUUCUGCAGCUUAAAAAGUGUAUCACUGCAGAAAUUUGAAACACCCUGAAACAUAAAAGGAACGCAAAACCAAUAGUCCAUGGGCCAGGGCCCAAAAUUUGAUGAUUUGGUACAGAAAAGAGGGACAAAGAGUGGCUUAUAUUUUUAAAAACUAUGAAUCCUCUAGUUUAUUUUAAUGUAUGAUAACCACGUCAAAUGAGUAGUUUUAUAGGGUUUAUCAUGUGAUGAAGUGAUGUCACUCAGCUUUCAACAAUGUCGAAUAAAUGUACAUACAUAAGUUUUUACUCAUGUUUUCUCUCAUAUUUUGGGGCACGUCUAGAUGAUUAAAUGGUACCACUGUUUUGCAAGUGAUUUUCGAGGCUUUUGUAGCAAAAUUAGAUAGAUUUUGGUGUUGGUUGCCAUGGUAACGUAGAAAAGUAGCCUUUUGAGCCAGAGGUCGAUAUAAACUAAAGUAAUAAAGAUUAAUUGUUUGAAAAAUCUGUUAAAUGAUAAUUCUAGAUGACAACUGGAUACUAGCUUGACUCAGGUGUUGUAGCUACCUAUGGCGCUGCUAUAAUAUGAAAUUACCUUUUUGGCGGCCAUAUUGUAUCCGCCAUCUUUGAUUUCCAAACAUGCCAAUUUUGUCUCCUAAAGUGCUCAAAAACGAUCAAAACUGAAAGGAACAUGUAAAAUCCUCAUAUUCAAGCUGUGAAAGAAGCUGCUUUUUAAGCUUUAAACUAAAACACCAUAGAUGCAAACUCUUCCUCUUUGCAAGAGAUUUCUCCAUAUCUCUAGGAAAAGUACCGGUACUAAUUGUGGUUUUUCUGUGAAGUCAUGCUUUUUGGACAUCCGAGGUUGACAUGCAAAUCGUUAUAAUUCCUCUUACAAUGACCAUUUGUUUUUUAUGUAUUUUGGGUGUACAUUUGGCAAGUCAUAUGUUUAAAUGUAGCAACGACUAGCAAUGACUAUAUUCUUCUGUGGUCAAUAAAUCCACACACAUUUUAUUUAUCAUGUCGACAGCCAAAGGAAAUAAUGCUGAAAAACAGAAUCAGACCACAUAUUCUAGUCCUCGUCAGCAUCGACUUCUACUGUGACAGCUUGUUUUUCUCGCCUGUUGUCACAAUUGGAGACCCGGCAUUUGUCUGUGCACUUAAGACCAUUCGCAAGGCAGCUAUAGUUCGUGAGCCCAUACAAGAUUUGGUGCAAGAACAAGAAAGUAGCUGUAAAACUGUUGCGGGAGCUGGCUGACCACUCAUCCAAUCAAUCCCUAACAUGUUCUCAUCCUGAAUCCAGCCAUGUCUCAAGGGACUCGGAAUUUCGGGCAGUUUUCAAUUCUUCGCCUCCACAUUCCUGUUUGCUCGACACGCAUGUUUAUACAAGCAAUCAGCGCAAGGCGGUAGUUGGUCGGACUCGAUGUUACAUCUCUUUGAACAGAACAAUCUCUAUCUUAGCUCAUUGAUACUGUUUGUCCCUGGGCGGGAACUGUACAUACGACAGGUGAAAUUCUGAAGCAUCUGGAAUAGAUUAUCUAAGAAUUCCCAUUCCUCUCCUAAGACGUCAAACAUUUCCUGAAAGGAUCUCUGUUCUUUGACAAUUCAAAGUGCACCAAUCUUACCCCGUCCAGCAAAAGCACUUACUGUGUCGCAACCAGUAUAAUCGUGCACGCCAAGGAGACUGAUGCACAAAGUUUGACCUAUGGCUCGCACUAUACUCGUGAUGCUCAUGUAUCUAACUCUUGUUUGUGUUCCACACUUAAAAACUAUUGAAGACGGAAUUAAGUACUUGAAUGACACUCAAAGAAUAAAGACAUCUGUAUCUUCUAAUACCACAAUCAAUGUGCUGUAAUCCGAUCUGGCUGCGUGAGAGAAAUGAAAGAAGGCGCACUAAAACCCACAAAAGGUUUUUCCUUCGGGUAUUUUCUAACGCUUCCUGGUAAUUUACUUCAACAUAUGUUCUUGGCUUAGGGCCUUGACGCUCACCUGCAUACUCAAGCUGGGAAUAAGACAUACCAUGACCAUAACGGUUUAGUAUAGACACUAGCUGUACAUUGUUUGUGAGAGUUUUUACAGCAUUUGAAUUUGUUUAGGUGGCUUAAUCCUCCCUCUGUUUACUCCAAAUACCAGGUCUUGCGCGAACGACUUCAUCAACGGCUGGACUCUUUGAGAACAUUAUCUCUAACGAAUAUUUGCUGCCAGUCAGCAAGGUAUGCAAAAACGCACUGUCAUUGAGCUCUGAAGGGCGCGGUGGCCAUGACAUUUUGCUUUCUUUGUUUAGAAUAGCAUCGCGGAUGUCAGCCGCAGCUUUCUGAAUAUUGGAGAUCUUCAUUGUUGAACCUUUGGUUUCUUUUUCUACCAAAAGGAUAUUUAGUACAAUUCUGGCGAUUUGCACUGGCAUUAGGCUAGCAGGGAUUAGGAAUACACGGUUGCUGUUUAGCAAGUUUUCAAACUUGAUCAAUUCACUGAAUUCUGCUUCUAUGUUCCUUUUGAUAUGCUUCUUCGUUGAUGGCUUACAUUCCUUAGCCCCUAAUGACAUUAGAUGCUCUACAGGUAACUGGGUUAUCUCAAGAAGCCUUACGUUUUUCUAAUUUUCUAUCAUAGCUGAUCUUAUAAACUCAAAAAGCAUCCAGUAAGCAUCAGACUCUAGACGGGCAUAUUCAUUAUCCGAAGAUUCACUGCUCAUAUCAGGGUUCACACUUCUGCUUGCUUCUGGUCUAGUGUAGCUCCUGUAGCAUGUCCUGUGAUAACAAGCCUCUGCUGCAACUAAUUCGCGCGACACAAGGGCAAGAAUCUGGCUCUCAUUCUUUUGUGUAGCAAUCUUUCUGAUAGAGCUAUCUGCACGCAUAUAUCGGCAUUGUACUAAAGGCUCACGAUUCCUUGUACCUUUCAAAUAUUUUGACUUUUCACAAAAAAUACAAAUGGGCUCGUAUGUUGUGGAAAUAUUGGAAGAUCCUCGAAUAGAGACUCUCUUAGCCACUUGUUCCUGGUGAGUCUGGCUAUUGGAUGAUUGCUGAGAUAAUUUAUGUAAUACAUUUUUCAUAGAAAAAAUGCUUCGACACUUACGAUGGUAGUAAAUGAGCGAAACUUCUCACUCUCUUAAAGACUUCCAAAGUUGUACGAUUUCUUGGUGAUUUCGAAUCUGUGCUGCACGUAGCAAGGUUUUCCACAACUCCUCGUCUUUAGGAUUAACUAAAUCACUGCUAUCGUCGGUACAGUGAAUGAUACACUUCUUCUUGCAGAAACGUUUGACUGCAUUUGACUCCUCAGCAUCAUCAACACUCCUUCUUAGAUGAGGACCCUAUUUGUAUCAGAUUUUUCAGGGUUUAAGUCGCAAUGCAAAUGCAAUAAACAGGGACAUAACAGCACAUACGGUAUAUUAUAAUUUACGAAAGUCUGGACUUCCAAAAGUUUUUUUUUUUUUCAUGGCGGUGCCAUGAUUUGGAAUGAGUUACCACAAAAAACAUACGAAGAAUGACAUCGCUAUGUCAAUUCAAAAGGGAAGUAAACCAGUUAGCUUUGUAGUUUUCUGUUUCCCAGCACAGGGCAAUCAUGUAAGCCAUUCAGGUGUAUGUAGUCUUUAUAUCCUUUUUACUUCACUUAACCUUCAAAGACUGAUGAUUUUAUCGUGUUUAAAUAAACCAUAUGUAUCUAUGUAUUAAAAAUUGACAUAUCAUAUUGAGUUUUCAUUACCGAAUAACCGAUAAUUCAAAUAAUGUUGACUGCAACAGGUUGAUCAUUCCUAAAAUUAGAUUAUAUUUCAAAAUCUUAUAAAUAUAUAAACAGAUGUUUAUGACUGAUAUGAGCAAAAUACAUAUCGGAUUAUUGAAGUGAACAUUCUACAAGAACUGUAAGUAUUUCCAAAAUUCUGUUUAUUAAGUCACAAGUUCAAAGACUUUUGCCUCAAAAAGUUUUAGCGCUUUAUUAACUAGAUGAUUUUGCUGACUUUUCUUGAAAUUAUUGCGUUUUACAUGGUAAAAUGGCUAUGAAACCGGAAAAUCAAGAACCCACUACCCUUGCCAUGGUAGCCGCCAUUUUGGAUUUUACCCAUAAUGCAAUUCGGACGCUACUUUUGAGUUUUCUUCGCUCUACUUUGGUUAAAUCAAAACAAAUAAUAUUUUGGCGAUAAAAAAACGCAACAAAAAACUUCUCAUGUCUCUCAUAAUAAAUUAAACUACAAAAGAUAUAGUACAUUUUAAGUGCACGUUUAGUAUCCUCAAAGGUCAUUUCCGGCACUUUUACAUGAAAAAAAUAUCCUGAAAGCUACUCCUACAGAAAGGUUAUCAUACAAAUUUUCAAUCUCCACCUUAUGUGCUAUCAAUUCGCAGCAAUCAUCCUUUGUCCCUCGAAUUGGUACCAAAAUCAGGAUUGACCCAUGGACUACAACACUUAUCGGCGCAGUUGAUGGCGGCACUGGGCUGACUGGGACAAUAGAUUUAAAACAAUAGAAAAUUAUAAAUGUGAAGAUUAUCUCCGUCAGGUCACCAACGUCCAACACCGGAUAACUCUAACUAAACUCCGUCUAAGUAAUCACAAAUUGGCGAUAGAGACAGGUCGGUAUGUAAGACCUUAUAAGAAACCGGAAGAGAGGAUCUGUGCUAUCUGUAAAAGACGUAGAAGAUGAAAUACACCUUUUAGCUCUGUGCCCUGCGUAUCAAGAAAAAAGAAGUACUUUAUUUGAAUACUUAAACAAAGAAUACAGAAUAUCAGUAAACAGAAUGGCACCAGAUGACGUUUUUCUGUUGUUAAUAAACCCUCCGAGCAAGAACAAACCAGUGCAAAAGUUAAUUGCAAAAUACGUAUUCGACUGCUAUGAGAAAAGAAGAUCAUUAGUUGUUUAGGUUAACAUUGAUUAUAGUUCCACUAGUGUGCAAUUUGUUUUAUAAUUUUAAAUUAUUUGGAUAAAGUCGAUAUACAUAAGACUGUAUAAGACUCCAAAUAAAACAUUGUCUUGUCUUGUCUUGUUCACGCGCCAUUUGUUUUUUAAAUUCUUCUUAUUUGUUUUAAUGACAUUGAUUGCAUCGAUUAUUACCUUUUCAAAAAAAAAAAAAAAUUGGAAAAAAAAAAAAAAAAUUGACAAAAAAAAAUGUUACCCUCGACCCCUCGACAUGGCACCCUCCGCCCUCGACAUGGAAGCGGCCUUAUCACGGGUUCUGCUCUUUGCCACUCUACAAAUGUUGGGACAACAGUUUUUUCCCAUGUAAACGCCCCCCUAAAGAAAAAAAACAUCAGAAGAUUUGUGCCACUUGGGCAUUCUCCAGCCAGAAUUUUAUAUUCAUCCUCUAUUGAUGACAACUUGCUAAGAUGAUUGAUUCUUGUUUUUUAGGGUUUUGGGAUCAACGCGGAAGAUUGUAACUUGUUAAAUCCCAAACAAAAAGCGGACUGCUUUGAUAAAGGGUAAGAAGUCAUGAAUCUUUUUUUCCGAUAAAAUCAGUCCGGUAUUUCUCCUCUCUGUGCAGUGACGUCAUCUUCGAAAAGGGCGAAAAAAAAAAUACUUUUUUAAGAAAAAUAAGCUUUUUGGAAUGAGAAUAAUUUCGAUUUUUAAAUGAAUUUAUGACGGAUGCUUCAUCAAGAUUUCCGGUGGGGAAACCUCGGGUAUUGGUGGAGCCUGGGAUCAAAGCUAUCCUAGUACACACCAGGCUUCCUCUCUUGCCAUUAUACCUUAUGUGAUAGAUGCGAGUUUUCCUUUUUUCUCUUCAACUCCACCGACAGGCUUUGCUUUUUUCUUUAACCCACCGUAUCGGUUUUUCCCCUCACCUUUGAUAAGGUCAUUGUACUAAAUAAAAUAGGGCAUCCUUUACGGGUGUUAUAGACAAUUUAUUGCCUAAAAUAAACUGCCACUUAAGAGGCCCAAGUUUACCAAAACUGGUGUACCAUUUGUAUUCUUAUCAAACCAAGCUUCGCCAAUGCAAUCUCCCUGCACUUGAGUAGCAGGUGGCAUAAAGGAAAUUUAUUUCACGGAAGUGAAAUAAAACAUAUAGCAAGAGAACCACCAAGCACUAUAAUCGAUCGUCUAACCUUAUGUGUGAACUUAUGAAAGGUUGAAAAUCACCAACUGCACGGGGCAAGAGUUUCUGUUCUAGAUAAACAAUAUUAGCAAUAAUCUUCAGAGGCGGAUCCAGGAUUUUUUAAGGGGGCAGGUGUUGCACCUCCAUUUUUUCUUUUCUUUUCUUUCUUUCCUUCUUUUUCUUUUCUUUUUUUGAAGCUAGAAGUGCACCAUUUAUGAUCGGGACUCGAUCACCAAAUGAGUUAAUAAUAUCAAAUCCUUAAUGACUGUAAGCAUCCCCUGCACUCCUCCCCUGGAUUCGCCUUUGUCACAAAAUUUUUAAAAUACUCAUCCUUCUAUUCCCUUCCAUUACAUAUAAAAGAGCCUUGAAAAAGACAAAUGACGACAGAGAUGUAAAAUGGAUAGAGACCUGUGUAGUGAAGUACUUUUGCCUGCAGCCCCUGCCAGGACAAGCUGCUAAGUUCAAGAAACCACAAUUUGAAGAAGAGAUGAAAAACAGCGCGCGCGCUGUCUAUUUUAAGGUAAUAUUGAGUAUUGAGAUGGUGAUCCUACCCCUAUAACAGGGCUAGCUCUUUUGGUGUCCCAUGAGAAAAAACAAUAGACAUGUUCCUAACACUAGAAGGGGCACCUUACCUUCAAAAAAAGAGUCUCUAUUUAAAUUCAGUUUCAGAUAGUCCGCAUCCAAAUUUCUUUACAAUAGACCUUUCCCGUAUUCGCUCGGCUGAUUACGAAACAAUGGUUCCAAGUCGAGACUGAACUUGAUUCUUUUAUUUAUUAAAGCCAACCUCGACUUAAAACCAUUGUUUCGUGAUCAUCCAAGCGAAUUCGGAAAGGUCUAUUAGCAUCAAGAUAGCUAUUAGGUAAAAAAUGCCUCAACCAAGUGAACCUGUAAAUGAUAGUUUUGGCGUAAACGGUCGUAGCAGCAGUAGCAGUAGUAGUAGCAGUAGCAGUAGCAGUAGCAGUAGCAGUGGCAUUAGUAGCAGCAGUAGCAGCAGCAGCUUUAAUAACCAGUAGUAGUCGCUGUAGAAGCAGCAGUAGCAUUUUCUGUUAGGCCGAGAAGGUGAAAUCCUUAAAGGCCCAUAAAUGAAUUAAUACGUUUGUACUUAGUACGCAGCCACAAGAAUCGAGAAUUUCUUUCUGCGUAACCCGGACUGGAAAGUAACCAAGUCAAACCCAGAUUACAAAGCCAAUGGCUGCGUGAAGCUUCUCGCCAUCACCGAAGCUCGAUACCUGUACGUUACCUAUGUACUGUUCGUGCAGAGCGAUAAAUCACUUACUGCAUGUACUCAGGACAGCAAUGGCAGGUACAUACUCCCCACAGCCGUGUGCUUCCCUCGACCCUACGGCAGCGCUACUUGUACAUCGGAUUACGAUGUGGGAUUAAUUGGACACACCUCGGGGAUCCUGACGGGCGCGUUCAACCAAUAUUUCCGACAAACAUUCAACAAGCCGUCAGAAGAGGUGUUUGAUACCAACGUCUAUGCUUACACUCUGGAAUACGCCAUGCCAGAACUGUUUACUGGUAUGACAGGAUACUUUAAGAAUAUUGUGCCUUACUUGGAUCUAAAGCCCUGGUAUCAAAUGCAAGAACUUGCCAGCGCAUAUUUUAAGGUAAAGAGUUGAAGGUAGAAUAACUCAAGAAUGAAACGUUUUAAGGUAAUUCCGUACAAAUAAAACCCAACAUAGAUUUUUCAUGAAACUUAGUACAGUUUUAAUGGAAACUCGUUAAUUUCAAAACGAAAUAAAGGUCAAGGUCAAGGUGUUCGUUUUUAACCUGUGCGUUGGCAACUUAGAUUUACUUCAUUCUGGUGGCGUACAAGAACAUUAUUGAUGGCAGAGGGAGGACUAAGGAGACUUUUUAGCGUGAUAACUUUUAUGGUUCUUGCUGACUAAAUAAAAUGUAAAUGUUUCAAAAUAGUGGCUAAAAAGUGUUUAGUUGGACGUGCUUGACAAUAUAUUGUUCGGCAACAUUGCUUUUCCUCCAUUUCGAGUCAUAUCCGACCUAAAGAAGAGAAAAGUGAACUAUCAAUGUUAUGCGCAGUAGAGGUGCGCGGUGCGAAACUACGAAAUUAACUUAAAAAGUUAAGGGUUGUUCUUUCGUGAGAACGUGAUUAAAAUAAGCUGAUCAGGGAUUACCCUGACUUAAUUACGCAUUCUGGCGGACGCUACUAGCUAGAGGUGGGUGGGCUAUUCAGUGACAAUGCUUCGAGGUUCCCCUUUUAGACUUAACUUUUCUCACUAGAGAAGUUUUCGUAUGGCUCUAAAGAGCGACGUCACGCGGCACCGUCACUCUACAGAAUUUAGAGUAGUCGUUCGUUGAUUGUCGAGUCGCACGAGAUUCCUUCUUAUUCAAUGAAGACACCAUCGUUGCAAUGGUAGGGCACGUCUGUUCCGCGACUUUUCCACAUAAAAACCGUUUGUUGACAGAUGGUCUUUCUAAGUAUGAAUAUUUUCUUGCGUUUUUAACUCUUUCAAUACAGAUGUAUAAAUUCAGAGACUCGUUCUACAAAGAACUGAAAGACUACGCCCAAGCCAAUCUUGGAGGGCUGGGGAAAGUCAAGUCUGUGCCGGAUCGCAAUCGGUAUUUUACGAAGUUAAUCAAAAAGCUUGAGACUUGGGAUCAAAACAAGAAGGGAGUCAAGAACAUCAAAGACUUGAGGAAAGAACACAACAGGAUAUACGAAGAUAGAGUGAAAGACGCUAAAGAUCACUUUGACAAGAGGGAGAGUUAUCAAGAAAUUGUUAAAUAUAUGUCAGAGGUAAGAUUAGUUAUUGAUUAUCAAUGAUAUGACAUUGAAUUUAAAGGGUACAAGCAAUCUGUCGUUAUUUAGCUGCAUUAUUGACCUUUUCUCAAUUCAGCUCAUGGCGAUGAAGCUUGGGCUAGCUUCCAUACAAUCAACGAACAAAAGGUGUUCAUACUAGCUAGACCACAAUGCAACAUGCUUGUUAUCUCAAAAAUGCCUGUGCUCAUUUUCUCCCCUGUUAUUCACUGUUUCUACUCACAACGCCCUCAUAUUUUACCUUCUUACCUUUAUUUAUUUUACCUGCAUAAAUUACGAGUUUAUUUCUUUGUGUAAGAGAGCAUUUUUUGUGGGCAUGGAGGAGGGGCUGGCGGGUUUCCAGAAUAUGUCUAUAUGGAUAUUCACACGAACCCCUCUCCGUUGACAUAUUUUUUACUAACUCCCAAUCUACAUAAAAGUUUUUUGGCAUGCGUCCAAUCCCCAAUAUGACCAAAAUUUUCGGCUGACCCUCCCACUUUGGACCCAAUUUCUACCCUCCAAACCCAAGAGUCGCCCCCCCCCUCCCGAUAAAAAUAGAAAUAUAAAGCAUUUGCCCUUCCCCUAUGUGCAUCGGCCCUCUUCUCCCCGACCCCUCCCCCUAAGAAUAUUAGUCCCUCCCACCCGACGCACAAACACAAUGAUAACAUUGAGAUAUGAGUUGACAAGAAAUGCUGUUUAAUUUCUACGUGGUAUCCCUGAAGGCCCUGACGUAUCUAUGGUUCCUUUUCCUGAAUCAGAGCUAUAUCUUGCCCUUUCUGUGAAUCGAAUGCGAGUCACCUCGAACAGGAUUGGGUUUUCUAAAUAUUAAGUUCCUGCUGGCAUCAUCUCAAAUAGAACAAUAUAUUUCCUUCACAAUGAUCACCCAAAAACGAUUAUAGUUAUUGUAAAAAUCAUUUGAUAAUGCUUGCUAUAUCAAGUUAUUUUGUUGAAAAUAACAGUGACAAUUAUAGCACAAAUUAGAUUCUGUUUUUUGCUUGACCAACUGCUAGAUAUUAUCAUUCUUUCUAAUGAUUUGCAGAAUCCUAAAUAACUCAAAACAUUUAUGCCUAAAACGGUUUCUGAGUCGUUGACUUUUUACCACUUCACAGCUCUCUUUCUUUAAAUAAAAUUCUAUGAUCUAUAACUAAUAGAAUAGGUUGCGUUAGCCUCCGUUGCAGACGUUUUUUUUGGUUCGCUUAAGCGAACUAGUUUAUGAAUAGUAAAUCGUAAGAGUCACGGUCAAGAAGUGCAAAUCUAUCAUAAGUUUUGACUGGUAAUGUGAUUGGUUCAUCGGUUACGAUUACUUUCUAUCGCUUCAUACUCAUCACAACUAGUGUGAACAAGACUUUAGUUUGGCCACAGUUAAACUAACAAGAAACUAUCCUUUGGUUGACAUUCAUGCGAAACAAAACCUAAGGUCAGCCCGGUUGAAACUUAAUUAUGCGAUAUGACACAAAACAAUCUCUAUUUACCCUUAAAGUUAGUGGCAUUUGGAAUAGCAAUAUUUUGGACAAAAUAAAUAAUAAAGAAAAUAAAAACACUGUAUAUAUCAUAAUACGGUUUUUAGGGAACUGUCGCCUCCUCAAAACAGUGCGACUUAGCUCCUUUAACGGAUAAAGAAAUGGUAGAAUGUCAGGACAAUUAACGAGACGAGAAACAUUCGAAUCAAGGAAGACUGCAUCGGCAACAACAACAACAACAACAUAAGCUUUAUUUGCAUGACUAUAAGUAUUUAGUUACAGUAUUGCAAAAGCUUUAACAUAAAGUUACAAUUUAUAACAAUGAUAAUGCAAUGAUUACUACAGUCAAUCAAGUGUCAUCAGCAUGAUUUGAUAACAAAUUAGUACGUAAAUCAUUACAUACUAAGACAAAUGUCAACAAAUGUGAAUUUACGGAAAAAUUCUGUGAAUUCAUCAAUUUAAUUAUUAAUUCUGUAUAAGAUAGCUGAUUAAAGUCGAAAACAUAGAAACUAUAGAAACCAAGGCAGAGUACUUUGAUGACGGGUUGCGGCGAGCGAGCGCUUCACUUUUAAAACUAGUGAUGGUGAGGUCAUCUAGAUUCUCUUUCACCUGCAAUUCGAGGCUGACUUUGGAUUUAGCAAGCUCCCUUGCUGUGACAAACUGUUGUGAAGCUACAAUCCCGGACAAAACUACUUGAGAAAGUUUUCCCCAUCAUGUCCACUUUCCUACGCAACAAAACUAUUUCCAAAACCACGCCUUUGCGGAAAGAAAACUCCUUCCCCCAAUUCAAUGUUGCUUCCUACAAACUCCCAGGGAUCAGGCUUUCUUUUGAAUACACAACAACAUUGCUUUCAGGGGAAGGGGGAGAGGGGAGAACCGGUACGGCUACGAUGUUUAGAAAAAUGCUGUCCAAGUAUACAAUUUUCUCAACAGUUUUGUCCAAGAUUGUAGCUUAGCAGCUGCUUUUGUAAACUCCAAGCAGUCUGAGUCCAACUCACGAUAGUUCCCGCGCUGGAGGGCAGUUAUAUACGCCAAAACUUCCAGUGCUUUGAUGCUAGUCAGUAUGUUACAGCAGAGAAACAAACGGAUAUCCUCAAACUGUCUGGUCAGCAGAUUGAUAUAAACAGCAUAUCGACUGGAAUCGUCCGCCGAAAACGCCAAGUGCAUACGAAUAUCAUCAACUUCGUAAGAGGAACUGUACUCAUGCCACCCGGCCUGUCGUGUUGUAGGGAGUUUCACGCGACUCUGUAGGUAUAAAAUAAUAUAUAGAUUUAGCCAGGGCUAAAAGCGAAGCUCUGGUCAAUAAUACGUGUAAACAAAAAAAAUUAAAUCGUGUAAUGGUAAACGGCGACGACAAUGAAAAUGGCUUCAAGACUAAUAGAUCUAAUUCGCAAAAAAACAAAUUGCACGUGCAGCACACUUUUUCUUCUAAUUAGCAAAAAACAAAUUUGCACGUGCAGCACGCUUUUUUGUCUUUCCCUUGUUGUUGUUUUGCACGACUACAACGCUGUUUUGUACGACUAAAACGUCAAACUUCCUACAGUAGUUACACAUUAUUUUUAUGGAGGAAUUGUCGUAUGUGCUUACCCAAUAUUUUGUUUCCUGUGUUCAUGUUCGUUUUUAUUUUUCAUUGCCGCUCAUUUUCACCUUGCAGGUCGCUAGCAUUUCUCAUUUUCUCACCGCCGCUUUGAAUUUCCAUGUUUUUCCUCCUACGAAAUUCGUCUCCUUUGUUUUCAAUAACUUGCUCUAGCUCUUUCUCUGUUGUCCACGUUAAUGCAAACAUAAAAAAUAACGCCGAAAAAGACACGACUUUGUUGUUGUUUUUUCUUCUAAAUAAAACUUUGAGUCGCAUUUGGGUUGGCAUACCUGUUGAUUGAAUUAUUUUACAUUGGUAUGCCUGUGGUGUGGACGGACGGUCGCUCGAUCGCUCGCUCGCUCGGUGUACGGUCACGUGAUUACCGAAUUUUCUCGGAUGGGUAGAUUACCACAUUUCCUUAGCUAUGGGGCUCCUCCCACGCGCGGCGCGAAGAGCUCCGCUAAUAUAUAGAUUUAGCCAGGGCUAAAAGCGAAGCUCUGGUUAAUAAUACUUAUAAACCAAAAAAUUAAAUCGUGUAAUGCUUAACGGAGACGACAAUGAAAAUGGCUUCAAGACUAGUAGAUCUAAUUAGCAAAAAAACAAAUUGCACGUGCAGCACACUUUUUCUUCUAAUUAGCAAAAAGCAAAUUUGCACGUGCAGCACGCUUUUUUUUAUGGAGGAAUUGUCGUAUGUGUUUACCCGAUGUUUUGUUUCCUGUGUUCAUGGCAUGUUCGCUUUUAUUUUUCACCGCCGCUCAUUUUCACCUUGCUGGCCGCUGGCAUUUCUCAUUUUCUCACCGCUGCUUUGAAUUUCCCUGUUCGUCUCCUUUGUUUUCAAUAACUCGCUCUAGAUCUUCCUCUAUUAAUGUUGUCAUAGGGGGUGGGUCACACAUUUUUGAACUUCUUGAAAGGGGUUGGCUGUCUCUAGACCUGCACAUUAGAGGCGGGUAAUUUGUAAUUCACUUAUGGAAACAAGGAGGAGGGGUCAUCACUUGUUUUUACCUCAUUACAGGGCCAAAAAUACGAGCUCAUUCAAAUGGAAUUUUACCGCCCCCCCCCCCCCUUACUUUAUGACCAGUCCCCUUUUUGUCCAAGUGGUAGGGGAGAUCAGAGGUCUUAUUUUAGAGUUGGAAAAAUAUUUUCUGUGUGAACCUUUUAGGGGUUUCGACUCAAAAGUCAGUUAUGUAACAUGAGUCCCUACGUUUUAGGGCCAAUUGCUAUUAAUUUUCUUCCUUGAACAACAAAAAGAUGUUAUCAGUUACUGACUACCGUAAACGAUAUCUGCAAUCAUCAGUUUUUCAUCAAUAUGGCUUCAAAAGUUCUUCUAAUUUAUGCGUACCUUUUAGGGGGUCGCUUUUAAAACCGACCGCCGAUUACCCCUACCACUUGAACAAAGGGAGUACCCCCCCCCCCUCCGCAGGGAGUCACUAUUCUUGUGCAAGAGUGCCACUCAGUUAUUGUUGCAUGAUGAUGUCAGAGACGGCACAUUAUUUAAGUUAACAAGGUCUCCUUUCUACAUUUAAGCAUUAUUUAGUCAUCUAAGAUUCCUUUUGUUUACAGAUGAAUGACAUAUGAAACAGGUUAAUGUAAACCAGACACAACAGAUUUUUCAACAAGAUGUGUUGAAGGGAUGAGAGAGGGUUCAAUUAUUUUUCAUGUAUCUGUGAGUAGUUUUAACUUUCGGUAAAUAUGCACCUAUAAGAGGUAAGAUGGCUACUCAAAGUACUUUCAUAGACCUUAUUUAAGAUAGUGACAGUUUGCCUAUGACAGAAAAGGUCUAUGGUUGAUAUGUGAAUUCCCCAGCCCACCUCAUACUCUGACUAAUUUAUCCAUAAAAACUUCAGUUUCAAAUGCACUGUCAUCUAUCAACCCUUUGUGUCGUGUGUUUCAGAUGUCUGUAGCCCUAGUGUAUGCAGCCGAGGCCUAUCACACGCGAGGCGCUAUGAGACACGUGGUCGGCGAUCUUCAAAUGCAUUCAGCUGUUGUUAAGAAAGGCACCACGGUGAUGGAUUACUGGGCGUCCAUGAUCGAGAACUGGGCCGAUUCCAACAAGGAAUAUGAACACUGCACUGAACUCAAAGUCGAAGCCUGCCUCCUAAAAAUGAGCAAGUACCUGCACCGUACUUUCCACGCCAUGAAAAGCAUCUACAAUAUAUUGUCUAGGAUUCCUAACCCCGCAAAUGCACUGAAGGCAGCCAAGCUUCUCCCAUUUUAUCAUUUACAGCCUGGAAAAGACCCAGAAAAAAUAUCCCGGAGAUGGGUUACCGAUUUUCGUGGUAAAUUCGAUGAAAUUCCCUACUUCGCUAUAAACAUCAAGCCUUUCCUGGAAACCGUUGGCUGCAGUGGCCAGACUGCAAAAAAACCACUGGAUUUUGAAUGCAUGAAGAGAAUCCAAGCUCAAGUGAUGUUUUAUAACAACAUCCUGGUGUCUGCAACAGCUAAGGAUUCAUCGGCCAUUCAAGCUAUCUUUACUUUAAUGCCCAAUGGAAAACAGAAGACUCGGCCUGUCCCGUAGAUCCGCGAGAGAGUCGAAGAAAUCAAACAAGCAAUACAUUGUAUCACAUGCUAUAACGAUAUAUUAGAGAUCCAUUUAACGCAUGAUUGUUGUACCGUAAUAUUUUGUUUUAACGAAUGCAAAGUUGGCUGGAAGGCGUAAAUACUAU